UUCCGCCCCUCCAGCUAAACGUGAAGAACAGAGGUUCGGAACCGAUGUGUCGCGCUUUCUCCAGAGUCGGUCGUUUUAGGACUCUCCUUCCCGUCGCGGUUUGCGUGGCGUCAGUUCGCGGGUCUAGCAGACCCGAAAAUUGAGAGCUUCUUGGCUCCCAGGCAGCUGCACCCGACGGCUCUGCGGCCGUCACCAUGCCACAAAAUGAAUAUAUUGAGUUACACCGGAAGCGAUAUGGCUAUCGUUUGGAUUACCAUGAGAAAAAAAGAAAGAAAGAAGGUCGAGAGGCUCAUGAACGUUCAAAGAAGGCAAAAAAGAUGAUUGGUCUGAAAGCUAAGCUCUACCAUAAACAGCGCCAUGCUGAGAAAAUACAAAUGAAAAAGACUAUCAAGAUGCAUGAAAAGAGAAACACCAAACAAAAGAACGAUGAAAAGACUCCACAAGGAGCAGUACCUGCGUAUCUACUGGACAGAGAGGGACAGUCCCGAGCCAAAGUACUUUCCAAUAUGAUUAAACAAAAACGAAAAGAGAAAGCGGGAAAAUGGGAAGUUCCUUUACCCAAAGUUCGUGCCCAGGGAGAAACAGAAGUAUUAAAAGUUAUUAGAACAGGAAAGAGAAAGAAGAAAGCAUGGAAGAGGAUGGUCACUAAAGUCUGCUUUGUUGGAGACGGCUUUACUCGAAAACCACCUAAAUAUGAAAGAUUCAUUAGACCAAUGGGCUUACGUUUCAAAAAGGCCCAUGUAACACAUCCUGAAUUGAAAGCCACCUUUUGCCUGCCAAUACUUGGUGUAAAAAAGAAUCCUUCAUCCCCACUAUAUACAACUUUGGGUGUUAUUACCAAAGGCACUGUAAUUGAGGUGAACGUGAGUGAGCUGGGCCUUGUGACACAAGGAGGCAAAGUUAUUUGGGGCAAAUAUGCCCAGGUUACCAACAACCCUGAAAAUGAUGGAUGCAUAAAUGCAGUCCUGCUGGUUUGACAGCAGUUUCAGAGAAGUAACUCCUUAUAAUUACUUAAGAUUACACACCGAUCAGGAAGACCACCAUUACUGUGGUGGUUCUGAAUACUACCAAAUAGCCUUACGUAUCUGCAGUCAUCAAGAGAAGUAUUUAUUCUGUUGUGAAAAACAUUAAAAUAGACAUUUAUUAAAAUAAA